GACUCCGACGUCGCCACGAGCUUGAAGAAGAACAUCAUGGUCGCGACGGUCUUCAACGGCAGCAAGACGGCGUUCGAAGGGGCCAAGGAUGACGGAGACGUCUGGACGGAUCCCGAGGACAACACUCGCUACCAGUACGACGCGAGGAUCAAGAAUAACACCGACUCGAAGGGCCAGAAGAAGAUGAGCACGGAGGUUUGGAACCCUAAGGACAAGAAGCAGUUCAUGGGUGCCAUUGCCGACUUCCUCGACGACGUGGAGAAGCCCGAGUGGUUGGUCAUCGAGAAAACGCCGAAGAACGAGAGAAAGGCCAUCAAGGACGACUGCGCUGACGAGACGGACAUGAUGCUAUUGCAGAAUUGCAACGACAGCUUCACGAGCGUGACCCUCGACUUGCAGAGGAUGGCCCCGCAGGUGUGCCGCAUCACCACGAACGAGGUAAUCAGGCGCAUCGCGCAGGAGAGCCUGGACCUCCUCAAGAAAGCUGCGGGGCCGUCCGAGAAGAUUCAGAAGUUGUUGAUGACGGACCCCGCCAAAGUGCGCAAGCUCGAGGCAGAGGACGCCCUCAUCGCAUCAGGCAAGAUCUACGAGCAGCUGGCCGAGAUCCACACGCAGCUCAAGGCCAUCAUCACCAACGAUAAGAAGAAGCAGAAG